UGAAGUGCAGAUGAUUAGUAGUGUUUUCAGACAGAGACACAGUAAUUCAGCCUUUUACUGAGUCUUUUACAGAUUAGAGAUGUCUCAGAAUAUUUACGAUGAUGUGAUCAGCAUUGAAGAGCUGAACAGAGGACAGCGAGCCGUGAUGAUGGUGGCUAUUUAUGAGGGUGCAGACACUGUUAGACGCCAUGACCCCAACACAGAGAUGGAGGACACCAACAGCAAGAGGAAACCAGAAAUUCACAACACAGGAGGAGACACUGCAGAGAGCAGAUGCAGCAGACUGGCUGCAGUGUGUCUGGGGCUGCUGUGUGUUCUCCUGCUGGCAGCCAUCACAGUGCUGUGGAUGAAGUUCAUCAACGUGACUAUAGAGAGAGACCAGUUACAGACCAGUAACACCAACCUGACUAUAGAGAGAGACCAGUUAAAGACCAGUAACACCAACCUGACUAUAGAGAGAGACCAGUUAAAGACCAGUAACACCAACCUGACUACAGAAAGAGACCAGUUGAAGACCAGUUACACCAACCUGACUACAGAGAGAGACCAGUUAAAGACCAGUAACACCAACCUGACUACAGAGAGAGACCACUUACAGACCAGUUAUACCAACCUGAUACAGAGAGAGACCAGCACUAAUACAGAACAAGAGUUCAUCAAUAAAGCAUUUGGCAGCAUCGAAGCUUGGAUUGGCCUGACGGACAGCCACAGAGAGGGGGUCUGGAAAUGGGUGGACAACUCAGCUUUGACCACUAAGUUCUGGUUUAAGGGGGAACCCAAUGAUUAUGAAGGAAAUGAGGACUGUGCUGUAUCUCGCUAUAAAGACGACAGCAACGAUUAUGAGGACAUCUACGCCAAUGAAGAUGUCCCAGAGACGGGUGUGACCAGAAGCCGUAAAGAAACUAUGACCUCAGUUGCUAUAAUGUUGGCAGGCCAGAAGAGGUCCUCAGAGAUAAGGACCCCCAGAAAUGUAAAAUUCUACACCGUCUCUACACAAACCCUAUUUAUACAGAGUGGGGCCAGGUCUGCUUCACGUUUCCUCCUGAAGCCCAGUAUGAUUUCUUUAGUCGUUGUGAUGUUCAGAUUCAGGUUAUUCACUGAACACCACUCUGACGGUCUGUACACCUCAUCCCUGUAUGCUGACUCAUCGCCCUCUGAGAUGAGCCUGACGGCCAAUAAUGACAACAUGAAGAAUGAGAGAGGCCAAUUACAGAAGGAAAAGGAAAUGUUCCAGAAGAAGCUGUCAGAAUUAGAGCAAAAACAGAGGUGUUUCCAAAAUAGUUUCUACCACAUCUCUACUGAGAAGAAGAGCUGGAGUGAGAGCAGACAGGACUGCAGAGAGAGAGGAGCAGACCUGGUGAUCAUAAACAGCAGAGAAGAACAGGAGUUCAUCACUAAAGCAUCUGGCAGAACUGAAGCUUGGAUUGGUCUGACAGACACUGACACAGAGGGGGUCUGGAAAUGGGUGGAUGGCUCAGCACUGGCCACUAAGUUCUGGUGGACAGGGGAACCCAAUAAUUAUGAAAAUGAGGACUGUGCUAUGACUGGCUAUAGAGGUGCUGGAUCUGAACAUGCGUCAACCUGGGCUGAUUAUCCCUGUGGUUACCUUUUAGUUGGAAUCUGUGAGAAAAGUCUGUAAUUUAGUCUACAUGAGAGUGAACAGUAAAAAAAUGAUUUUUCCAUGUUAAAAAUAUUGGAAUCAUAUAUUGUAAUAUUUCACACUGCUAGCCUAUUAGUACAGCAUUGCCCUUAACAAUAUUUUGAACAAGAUAGGGAUUUAAGUAGAGAGUUGAGUGCAAAAAUAACAUUCAACUUUUUAAAUCUAUCUGGAUGCUUUUAUUCAAGGACUUAAGUCUUUGCUAAGCCCUGAGCCCUCAGUUACUGUCUGACAAGCUUUCGAGCCUGGCAUUUUAAC